AGAGAGAGGGAGAGAGGGAGAGUGAGAGACGCGGAGGAGCUGCAAAACAUGGUAAUCACCACCACCAACAUCACCAUCACCAUCACCUCCAGCUCUGCCGCGCACUCUCCCGUCUCCUCUCCUCCUCUGCACCGGGGCUUGCGUUUCAUGCCCAAAGCCCUGAUCCGCGCUCCAAAAAUAACCCUCAGCCAGCAUGCCGAAGGAAGCAAAACAAGAAGAGCGGUAUUUUUAGGGUCAUUAAUUUUGACCACGUGGCCCGAAGGUAAACCGGAUGGCCGUUGCGCAAAGGCUCCUCGUCAGUAUGUCCUGCGAGGCCGGCACGCCGCACUGGACGCUGACCGCGGUGGUUCUCCUGGGCUUUCUGCUGGGGAUCGUGUCAGCGUACCCGUUACCGAGCGGCAGGACAAACGCAACUUUACUGGAGAAACGAUGGGAGACCCUCUUCUCCCGCUCUGUACUGGGGAUCUCCGGGGAGAAACCGGAGCUGAACUGGGAGAGUGACUAUCUGCUGGGCAUCAAAAGAGUGCGGAGGCUCUACUGCAACGUGGGCAUCGGGUUUCACCUUCAGGUCCUCCCCGACGGCAGGAUAAACGGUGCACACAAUGAGAACCAGUACAGUCUCAUAGAGAUCUCCACGGUGGAGAGAGGAGUGGUGAGCCUGUAUGGGGUGAAGAGUGAGCUGUUUGUCGCAAUGAACAGCCGUGGGAGGUUAUACGGAACGACAGUCUUCCAUGACGAGUGCAAGUUCAAGGAGAGCUUGCUCCCGAACAACUACAACGCCUACGAGUCUCUGGUCUACAGAGGCUCCUACAUAGCACUCAGCAAGCAUGGCCGUGUGAAGAGGGGCAACAAGGCCACCACUGCCAUGACUGUAACGCACUUCCUACCCCGAAUAUGAUGAGCAAAAACUGGCAAUAACAAACUUAUUUGCACAUGAGGAUUUAUCUCCCAGGUAACAUAAAUACCGUAUACGUACGUACAAAACACAAAAGACAAAGUGGACUGUAACAGGAAAGAAAUUCAACUAUAUCUGAUAGUAUUUAUUCAAACUUUAUAUGUAUAUUUGGGUAGCUUACUUUGUAUUAGAAACGAUGGAAAUGCCAUUCUUUGCUGCUUUUAUGAUUUUCAUCAUUUUGUGAUAUGAAGGGGAUGGAGGGGCGUCAGUGGUCCCCUCAGUUUAUAUGGGUGCUUGCUAGAAUUGGCUGAGUCCUUUGCCCUGUCAGCGGAUGUCAGUUCAUCCUUUUGGAAAUGAAAUGGAUACGUUAUUACCUCAAAGCACCAAAUCCUGAGAAGAGGAGGAGGAGGAGGAAGAAGAGGAUGAAGAGAAAUGUGUGCAUGAAAUUUCUACAGAAGAAGAAUGCCUGUUUACUUCAAAUGUUUUGUUUUUUUUUCUUGUCAUCCAUCAAGGACUUUUCCCAUCCUCCAUGUUUUUUCGACUGUCACUGUCAGGGCAACUAGAGCACUUGCGAAAAAACAUGGCGGUGGUUUUUUGUUUCUUGCUUCGUCAUGAGGUGGCGGUGCCUUGAAUUCCUACUUGCGGCCCCCUUUACCCUAGCAUGCGAGAAACGUGGUGCCCGAGUCAGAAAUAGGAAUGAAGCGCAAGUCAUCACUCCCUCAGACACCACCGGGGGGCUUUAGCCCAAUUCCUAGAGGGCCAGAGGUUUCUCCACUUUAUUUUCUUUCCAUAAUUAGAUCAAUUAAGUAAUUGAGACUCUAUGCUGCACAGGACCCACUGGAGCCUCUUGUUAAUAUGGAAAGCUAGAUUUAGAGUCAGCACUCACCCCCAAACCCCCCCACCCCCCAACACCAUGUCCAAGGGAGCUUUGACAAUCCCAGGUUUUACUUUCACAAAUUUUGUAGCCGGAUCAUCGGGCCAGAUUGGGUGUGCGUGACUGUUUACUGUAUGUGUGGGCAUGCUUUUAUAUAAGUAUGCUCGGUUUGAGAGCUGCUUCAUGUGAAAGUUUUUUUUUCUCUCUCAUUGUGGGAGGUCAAGGGGGCGUUUGUGUAACAGAAUAUCAUAGACCUGACACUAUGAAGCAAAAUGUCCUCCAGUGUCUGUCUCCUGUAUGCUGUACUGUAUAUCCCUCCUGUUCAAAUUGAGUCGGUGCAAACUGUUGCAUCUGGUCUGUAGCACUGGGUUUUUGUUUCCUGUCGACACGCUAUUUCGUGCUAAUUUAUUUGACUUUAUUUAGCAAACUUUGUAGCAAAAGUGGCGAUGGGAGCUGUUUGACUUUCACACUGGUUUAAUGAUAUUUGGCACUUAUAGAGACGCGUUAGUGCAGAGAUGAAGUUGCAGCCAAUCCACUGUAAAUAGGUUGGCCUGCUGCUUCUGAUCUGUAAAUGACACUUCAGGUAACUUGGCCUGUCUGACGUUUAGUUGUGGCUGGCGCUUAUUGAUCCCAGAUCUUUUUGAAGGUGCAAUAUCUAAGAUUUGGCCACCUGUCAAAUUCAUACUCAAACAAUCAGAGUAGCCACUAACUGUGGCUGCAGUUAGCUGGUAGGCUCAGUUGGACAUACCUCUAGUGGUCUGGACUGGGAGCUUGGAGUGGGACUGGACUGUUGUAUUCCACCACAAGCACAGGAGUGUUGGACAGGGGCGGGCAGGUGCUAGCUGGUUAGCAUGUUUGAUUCAGUAGAUAUUUCCGUGACGAGAAAUGUAGAUGUCAUAGCGUCACUGUUACAUUUCACAUUCUGUUCAUUAUUUUAGUCAAUUUGUGAAUGUUUUCAACAAGAAUUCUUACAUAUUGCACCAUUAAGCUAUUUGUGCAUGAUUCAGAUUGGUCACUGAGUCACAGUAUGGCUUCUUGGGAGAAAAAAAAAGGAGCAAUGUUGCAGAAAGCAUUGAACCAAAGGGUUAUAUUAGUGAUGUUAAUUUAGGCUUUGUAUAAUGCAACAUACCAUACUUGAAUUCAACAACUGCUUGUGCUCCUCUCUGAUAGUUUUUCAUUGUUGGGGAGGAAGGGGGGGGCAAAGAGCAAGCAAAGUUGAAGGUAGCAAUGAUGCACAGAGGACUUAUAUGGGACUCUGCACGUGGCGCUGGUUGUUUGUUUAACUUGGUGAGGAUGUGGAUAAUGUGGGGUAAAAUACCUGGGCAUCAGACUGGUGGGCCCCCCUUGUCUGUCGUUGUCAGACCGGACAGUCAGGGCCCUGGGAUUCCUGUCCCGCUCAUCUGAGCCAUUUUUGUACCAAGGUCAAAGAUGUGGGAUUUCUGUGCUUUGUGUUACCGAUGUAGGUGUGUUUUCUGGUCCAUCUCAAUGACUUGUACCUUGUUGUUGUAUGGAGCUUUGCACCUGUUGCGCCGUUUCUUGCUCAAGACAAAGCUGGUCGUCUUGUCAUGUGCAACGAGUCUAUUUAAUGUUCAAAUGGUGCGACUGAGCUGGGUUUUUAAUGAUUUUCAAUUCACUUUCAGUACUUGACCUGCAAUAUUCUGUAAGUAGCAAACCACCAGUCAGGCUAGUGUGGCAAUGUAUGAUUUUAAAAAAACUAAAGUAGCAAGGUUGUGUUAUACAUACUGUUUAUGUUAUAUUUUACCUCAUGCCCUUUCUAACAUUACUGCAACACACUGACAAAAUGUCUGUGAGCGAUGGUUUACGUGCCCUUUAAGCUCCAGCUGAUGUCUAGUAGCAGAGACGAUUGUGCAGCAUCUUGUCCGAAUGAGUGCCCAUGUAGGCAUGUGUGUGUCUGUGUGUUUGUGUGUGUGUGUGUGUCCAACUGAGCGCGCUCCUGUCAUGUUCUGUUUCUGCCAAAGCGACAGUAGAGAUGGUAUCAGAUCAAUUUACCUUGAGUCAGGAAUAACAGGGCAUUGUCUGACUGUGCAAGCAGGAGAGGAUAAAGACGAGAGGGAUGGAAAAAGGCAACACAGAAGCUUCUGAGGGGGAAAAAUAAAGCACUGACUGUGGUUUGAGCUGGUAGCUAUGUAGCAAAAGGUCACUGAAAAAGAAUCUAAUGCUUCCAGGAAAGGGACAAUUCAAAGAGGUUGUCUGGUGGACUGAAUACUGUGAUCCAAGAGAGCAACUUGACACUCCCAGGACGUUUAUUGUGAAUGGGGGAUUUUUUUUUCUCUCCUUUUUUUGACUGGUCAGCAUUUAUCACAUCACCAUGAUCAGAAAAUGAUCACCCGUAGCUUUUUUCCAGGACUGAUUUUGUGGCGGUGAGGAAUAGGUUGGAAAUGUAUUUUGGCGAAUUUGUCAAAAUAUAGAAAAGGUGCAAAUUUCUUUUUUAUUUUAUUUUUUGUUUCAACUUACGGAGCAGGGGUGGAUGUUGUUUUCCCUCUGCUACGUGUUCAUCAGAAUGAGCUAACAUGCAAGAUCAAAAGUGUUUUUGAUGACGACGUGUGUCAAUUACUGUAUGUCAUUUCUGAUUUAUAUCAUGGUGUGUUUCAGAGGACACUGUCAGCACAGCAAGCAUUGAGUUGAAUGGCAGAAUGGGAAAUGUAAAGCUACAAUGGCUACUCUAGUAGGACACCUGAAAAGUUGUUUACACCAAAGGAAAAUUAAGCUUGGUGUCAGAUUUUGAAAGCCUCAGAAUUGAAAAAUGAAAGGAAACAUCCCUCUGUUAUAAAGUCUACAACCUCCGCAUGUUUCAAGGCAGAAGUUGUGCGAUGUAGCAGUAACAGAGAGAAGGUAGUUAAUGGUAAGAAGAAUCACCUUUCACCAUUAACCCUUAUUUCCUUGAUUCCUUUAUUAUGCAUAUGGAGUUCUGAACAGACUAAGUAUGAGUCACCCCAGUUGAUUAAGGAUCCAGUGUCUGGAUUUUGCCAUUGUGCUUAUCAUACCUGUUCAGCUGGUUAUAAAAUGUGUUGGUUCACAGGGAACUGGAGGUCUGUGGGAGGAUCUGGGAUCAGACUUGUGAGUAUGAAUGUGUGUGUGUGUGCGUGUGCGUGUGCGUGUGUAUGUGUGUGUGUGUGUGUCCCUGUGUGCCGGCAGCCUUUGUGUUUCUCUCUCAGUUUUCUAUUCCUGCACUGAGGGGAGAGUGCUUCCUCUGAGUCCCCCUCCUCUUUUUUAACAUAUACCUCACCUUCUGCCUUAGUUCCGAUUAUUGAAAUGAUUGUAAAUUAGUUUGAAACAACAGACUUCUCCAAUCAUUUGUUUCUGAAAAAAUAUGAUGACGAGUAAGUAAAAUACUAUAUUACAAAUGGUUUUCCUUUUAUUUUUGUACGUAUGUGCUGUGCACAGCAGUCAACUGUAUUCCUGAGAUGGUAAUAAAAGACGUUUUGUAAAAGCUGUUGUUGAAUGCUUUCAAAAUGUGCAUGGUUCCUCCGUCAUGCUCGUUCACCCAGAAAGACGCAGGUUAUUGUAGGAACUCUUACGCUCGGCGCAGGGCGGCGCGCAGCGGAGCACGUUGUGAUAAUAGCAAAUGUACCUGCGCCCACCUGUUCGCCCCUGGGCGCGCUGGUCGUGUUGAAGUGUGUCCAGGCGCACUGAUAAUGGAUUGAUAUCUUAAGGCAGCAGAAAAGACCACAGACCAACGAAAAGCUGGUCUGAAGUCAAAGGCGCAGUGUGUUUCCUGCUAUUUAAAGGACGCAUUAGAUGCGCCUACACAGCGGCCACACACUGAUUU